GGUCUAUGACCAAAACCACAAACAUUCGGAACACGUGACAACCCAAAACCAGAAAACUUCCGAUUGACCUAGUCUCGUUCAACCAGACCCUUCUUGCCUGAGCUAGCUACGCCGAACAGAGAAGCGUCUGGUUGAACGAGACUACGAUUAACCCGGAAAAUCCCCAAUCAUUAAGUAUGAGGGAAAGAAGAUGGUUGUUCUCCGAUUUGAUCAUCUCUGUUAUCAUGACGUGAUUUCCUGAUUGCCAUUGCUAUAUUUUGGUGUUUUUAUCCAGCCUGGUUUGGUGUACACUCCGCGGUUUCUUUCUGACAAGACUCUGAAAAGCUAGAAUCAAGGAGCAAAUCACCGAACGGAUCAAUCACUCAUGGCAGGUUAAAGUGACGUUCCAGAUCAAGAGGAACAGACAAUGUCACCGAUGACACAUUGUCUGUGGCUACACGCGUAGAUGUUUCAUUCAGUCCUAGAAAUACAUCUGAAUUAUAUGGAAUAAAACUUAAAAUCAAGCCAUCAAAAUGAGUGGGCCCUCAUCUACUGUUGGAAGAGUGGACCGUCUUACAUCACAAGUUGAAGAUGAUGCCAUGCCUGAUGCCUGUGGAAGACCUCCUCCAUUUAUGAACAGUCCCGACUGGAGGACUGAAACCGGUGGAAACUCCUCACCCUGUCCCUCCACUAAAGGAGAAUCUGUUUUAAGAGGAACUGGGCAAGUACAUGAGACAAGUGAAGGAAGUUCUGGUGGUAGUGAACAGAUUCCAUCAGGAAGAAGCCAGGACUAUUCACCACAUAUUCCACCACCAGGAUCCCAGAUCAAUGACUUGUUUGAAAAGUUUAUGGAAAACUACUCUUUUCACCAUCGUUAUUCCAGUUCUGAAAUAAAAGUAUUCCGGCAAAGGUUGCAAAUAGUCAAGAAACACUUUGAGCGUUUACCUGAUGAAUUUAAAGCAGCUUACUAUGAUGUCAUGGUUCUGUAUAGUGAAGAUGACAGAGCUGAAGCUGAAUCAUUAUGUCAAAGUCUCAAAGAUUUAAGUCUUGAAAAUGGAAAGCGUGUGAAGGCAAUUUUAUAUGAUGCCAUGGAUUUUGCCAAUGCCAAACGCAGAAUGUUUGGAAGUUUGGAAGUAGCUUUUGAGCGUUGCACUUUUGCAUUUGUGUACCUGACUAAACAGUUCUGUAAGUGCGAGUGGUCCCAGAUAGCAAGUGAAGAAUGUCUAAUGGAAGCAAUUUACAACAAGGACAAACGUUGGUGUGUUGUGCCAGUGUAUACAGUGCAACGUACAAAAGCAGAUUUCCGCAUUCCUAUGGGUCUAAACUCACUGAAAGGGGUUAACUUUUACAAUAACGAUGACUUUUACCGUCGAGGAUUACAGAGUUUGAUUGGUGGCAAGAUCCACAAGAGGGAGGAUAAUGAGGAAAAGCUGUUUAUUGAGCAAUACAAACAUGCACUUGAAUGGGAAGAGAAAGUAAAAAUGGAGACACAACGAAGACAAAAGAAGCUUGAGGAAGCUGAACAUCCGAAGUCAUAUCCUCCUUCAAGCUCAAGCAGGAUAGAAGGAUCUCGCUUACAUCAAAUGUCAUAUGACCAAGAAUCAUCGGAGUUGUUGGAGAACUUGGAUAAACAAAUGCAAAGUGAUGUUGAUUCUGGUGUCUUUACUGCAGGACAAUUUCCUCCAAAAACAGAUUUAAAUAGAUCAUUGUCAAAUUUUCAGUCUGAGAGUUCUGCGUCCGGAUACCCAUCUGGAAGCAGAUCUUGGGGUCCGGAAGGUGACCAAUCUGACUCAUUCAUGUCGUACAGCAUGGAUGAACAAAAGUCAGUGACAACAGACAUUAGUCAAGGUAGUAACGAUUCUAGUUUACAAGCAGACAUGGCCUUUUCUCAACAGAUUCCUAGAAUGCAAUUAGGCAUGCAUGGGAAGGAGGCAGUGGCAAAGACGUAUUUGUCAGAAAGUGAAAUGUUUGAUGAGGCAACAGGAGGAAAACCUGACCUAGACAAAGAUGGGAAGGUGGUGGUACAUCACAUCCACACGCAUACACACAUCUAUCCAGAUAAGAAAUCUGAAAAGUCAAAGAAGAGUGUUGUCAACAUUUAUGGGGCAGAAAAUGUAGUGAUUGGAGACCACAACACUGUUGUUGAGGGUGGUACUCCACUCAAUCCUGCUCCUUCUGACAACGGUCCAGGGGCGGGUGCUAACUCAAGGAAGAAACCUAACUGUGAUCGAGGUGAGAGUCCAUCCAUGUCUAGUCCAAAGUCUAUGGAGGGUGCUAGUCGACCAUCUAUGGAAGGUCCUAAUCGACCAUCUAUGGAGGGUGCUAGUCGACAAUCCAUAGAUGGUCAUCCAUCGUCAAUGCCGUCGGAGAUUCAUAAUACAACCACGAAAAUGCCUGGUUCUCCGAAUGAGGAAUUUAACAUUGAAGGAAAUCUGAUGGACACUCGGGAAAAGACAGAGAUGUCAGUGAGCUCCAACAGGCAAACAAGUACAGGGGCUAGUAAAACUUAUUACAACCCCGGGACAGCUGAAAAGGCCCCUGCAAGUUUUCCGUCAACAAAAGUGGCAGCAAGUGUGCCAUCAACAAAAGUGGCAGCAUGUGUGCCAUCAACAAAAGUGGCAGCAAGUGUGCCAUCAACAAUUGUGGCUGCAACAGCUCAAUCAACAGAUGUGGCACCAAAUAUUCCAUCAGCAAAUGUUGCUGUAAAUAUUCCAUCAAAAAAGGUUGGAGAAAAUACAGGUAACAGCACUCGCAGUAUGGAAAACGUUUCAAGUACAACUUCAUUUGCUGUAAAUUGUGCUUCAACAGUUUCAGUUUCAAACACUAAUUCUGAACAUACCCAACCUGGACCAAAUAUUUCCAGUGCCUCAGGCACUGGCUUAGUGCCUGCAUCUAAUGUAAAAAAAACUACACCAAAGCCGAAACGUGACAAUCCAACGGUAAAUCUGCCAAAAAGGCCGAUUGUCUUUUCCGUGAAAAGUGCAAAGCCUCAAGCCAUGGCAACGGUAAUGCCAUUACAAAAUCAGCAAACAACCAGUUCCAGUGACAUCGAGUUCAGAAACGAUUUUGGCCAUUCAUUAGCUUCCAGUCAGUGCCAGCGAAAUAAUCAGACAGAACAGAAAGAAAUAUUUCAGGGUCACAAUACGCAUGUGAAAACACCUGUAUCAAGGGACUCGGAAGACGAAGAUGAAACAGAAGUAAAACAAGUGGCUAGUGUCUCUCCACAAAAUCAUAUGGACGUGGAGCCUGACUGCCAAAACGAAAAUGAAACUUUCCUUAAGAGCUACAGUCGCGCAGGCUUGACAGACACUGACCAUGAUGACCAGGCAGUAUCCAAAGUGUUGGAAAUGGGAUUCCCAGAAAUGGAGAUAAAAGCAGCUCUAACAUCUCUCCAGAGCUGUGCUCCAGGUCGCCGACACUUCAGUGUUCCAAAUCUUCUGGAUGAGAUUGAAAAAAUGCAACAGAGACCCGACACCCUGACCAGCCAGCUGUCUAGCGACAUAGAAACUGAUGGUCCGUCUGAUGCUGGUUUUGUGUUACUUACUGAAGAGUCCUCAAUACAAAACAGAGAUGGUGGACAUCAGGGAAGCAACCUGCCUGCAAACUAUGCUUCAAGACACAAUAGGGGAAGCCCCAACCCCAAAGACUUUCCUCGAUAUAAUGCGUCUUCACCAAAUUCUGCAUCACCUUCCAAGGAUAAGGACAAGUGUACGAUUUCAUGAAGCUGUACUGCGUGCAAGACUGCAGUGUGUUCUGUAAUUCAGCAUGUACAAGGUUAUCAAUGAAGUGUCACAACUAUUUAUAAAGUAUAAAUGUACACUAGUCAAAAAUGUGUCUCUCUGAGGUCGACACCUGUGUGUUGAAAGAUUAAUUGUUGAAACAAUUUUUGAAAUGGAAAGAUCAGUUAAUUGUUUGGAGAGCUGUGUCAAAGUAUUAUCUGAAUAAAUUUAUAUGCAUAUUACUGGCCAAAUGGUCAAAAGGAGAUAACUACCAAACUUAGGCCCUAUAAGUUUGAGAUUUGUUGUAAGCUCAUCAUGUGGUUGUUAUACAUAACAGGUAUAAAUCACCCCAUUCUAUUAUAGGAAAUAUAAAUGGGAAUUUAUGAAGCUGAUAUAAUAUGCUGAGGUAUACCUGUGAAUAGAUUGAAAAGAGAUUAGUUUUCUACAAACAGAGGACAGAUUGAAUAGGGGUAAGACUUUCUACAAAAGUGAACGGAGUGAAGAAGGAUUAGAUUUCUACGCAAAGUGUUGACAAGAAAAUUCAAUAGACAAAUCCUGCUGUUGUUGAGAGAUGAAAAUGACUUUUUGGAGAUGGUGUUUAGAAGAAUGAUAAAUUCUGUUGUAUGUGCAGUCAGGAAAAUAUAAGACUUCAUCACAGAUAUGGACUGUAAAUAAAAUAGUGAAAUUCUCAAGUUAUUUAAUCAAACAAAAUGACUGACUUGUUUACCAGGAAUGUUACAGAUGUUGAAGCAGGUGUGUGACAAGUGCCUGACUAUGAUUGUGCAUAGAGCUCUCUUUCUACAAACGUUCAAGUGGGAGGCACAGCAAAAGUUGGACCCUGCAGACUUUGUAGCUUACAUUUCCUGUUCCAGUGGCUGUUCCAGCACUCUCAGCAAUGUUCAGUGUUAAGUUGUGUUGUAUGUGUUGGUAUCUCAAACAGUUUUGUGCCCUAGACCAAGUCAACUUUCACCAUCAUGCAUCGUAUACCAACUUCCAUCAUAUACUGUGUGGAUCCUGAUCUAUUUGGUCCAGCAAUAUUGUCAGUUCGCUCAUUGCUUUCAUGUUAUGUUCUGACCCUCAAACUCAUUGCUGUAGAUGGUCAAAGCAGGGAAAGGAGAAACAUAUAUUUACACAGCCUUCUUGUUUCCUUGGUGACAUGACAGUUGAAUUUGGUAGUGCAAGGUGUUCUGUCAAAGUGUUGAUAAUACCUUUCCCCUGAUUGCUGUGUAACUUGAAAAAUCAUGCUUCUGAAAUCAAUACCAGAAGCUUAUGCUACAGACAUUGUGGUUUUUUUUGGACAGUUGGUAUUGAAAUAAUGUAAUGGUUUGGUUUAUUUUAGAAUUAUGACCAAACAACUUUGUUUUGUAUUAUGAGGAUUCUUAUAUACUGGAGCUAUAACCAGCAACAUAGUUGUGCUUCUGAAAUUCACAAUUCCUUAACAUUCUUAACAAAUUGAACAUCAUUUGUAUUCUAAUUAUGUAUGCAAAAAUAUAAUCUAUAAUUUAUAUGAUUUUCAGAAUCUUCUUUAAGUAUGUAAGGAAUUGAAUGUGCUGCUGCAUGCCAUCAUGUAUUUGUGGUAUAUAUUGAUGUUUUAUCCUGAAAAUAUGAUAAUGCUGAUGCAGUUGAUUGCAGAAUUUAAUUUGACACUAAGUACUGUGGUCACCCCUGCAAUGUCCUUGUAGGAAGGCUUUGUCAGAGAUAACAAUGUUAAUGUCGGGACCCAUAUUCAUGAAACUGCUCAUUCCCAAGCAUGGACUCUGUACUGAAAGCAACUUUCUGGUAACUGGAGCAUGUGACACUGCAAGAAGUCAAGUAUAAGUAAAAACACUACUAAGCUUGUUGGGAUAUAGAUGUUUCCACAUGAGUGAUGGCUACAGGUAUAGUUAUCAUGUUUAUCUUACUCUAGUUAAUUUUCAAAUUUUAUGAACACAUGAGGUUUAUCCAGUAUCUUUUGCAAUUUGAAAAUUAACUAACAAGAGUUAAAUAAACAUAAUCAGCCAUCAUGACCCAACACGUUCAAUAUCUUGGUACAUAAUUUCUGUUUCUGAUUGGGGACACAAUUGCCAUUAACUAUGACGUCACCAUGGGAGAUAACGUUGCAAAGCAUUGUUACCUGGCAGCAUACUUAGAAGAUUGACCAAUGAAAGAACAUCAAGGAUGUAGCCAACUACCGUAAAUCUGGCGCAGAGUGCACUCUUUUUUAGGUAAAUAUUGACAUGUCAAAAAGGGGGUGCGCACUAUACACAGGAACAAGUCAUUCUUGGGUUAUCGUUCUCGAGUUUCAGGUCCGCCAUAUUGGAUUACCUCUGGUAGCUGUAUAUAUAGUGGGUAACCAAAAGAAGUUUACCAAUUCCUUUAAGGUUUAUCCAAUGAGUCAAGAGUGAAGAAACCUAUGGUCGUUGUGGGGGAAUAGUUUUAUAGGGUUGCUUAAACAGAUUUCCAUCAAAGGCCCAGCAAAAUCCAUGCACCAUUGUAUUGUGAAGAGUCAAUUAUUUAGGUGCACGAUGUCAUUUUGAUUGGUCAAGCAUAACUUAUGUACAUGUAGUGCGAUUUCAUUAAUUCGUUAUCAUAUCACAUCAAGUCUAGAAUUGGAUGUUUUUGAGAAGUCUGAUCAAUAUUAUCUGAUUUUUUUCCAAAUAAUUUGAAGUGCUUUAGUUUAGUAAGAAAUUACUUAUAUGUACAAGAGAUACCCCUCAAUCUUUUGGCUUGCAUUUUUAAUUUUCAAUACCAUUAAAUGUGCUUCCUGCAAAGUAUACAUAUAUGUACAUACAAUGUAAGGCAUUUUGACAUAAGUUGAUGAUGGGCGUUAAAACAAUCCAAAACUAUUUAUUUGAUUAAUUUUAAUAAUAAAAUAUGAUUUUAUGAUUAAGAAAAUGGCAGGCUAUCUGACUGUUAGCUAUAAGUAUAAAGUUUGGACAGUUUAAGUAUCGGACGCUUUCAAUAUAUUUUUAUAUUGUCACAAGUAAAAGUAUGUGUUUAAAAGCUGUACAUAUGUAAAUAUGUAUAAUGUAUAUAAUGAUCCAUGUUUUAAUAUGUGGUACAGAUAUUAUAUUUAUGUUUUUGUUAAGUAACACACCAUUUAAUUACUAAUAAUUGCCUUGGUAUACACAGGAGCAAUGUACCUAGUAUGUUAUAAAUUUUAUAUAAUGGAACCUUGUUAAUCACGAUUUGGAUAAGAUGGGUGGAAGGCUUGUUUUGUGAUCAUGAUGUCAGUGUCAAAAACAGUUCUAUUUAUAUAACCAAUUAUAUCAUAUAUUUGGGGAUCCAAACCUACACGUACAAGCUUCUGAUAUACUAAGGGAUAACAGAACCAACCAAACCUAAACUAAAGUAACGGCGCUGGCUCUACUCCUGGAUCGAUGAGCUUCUGAUAUAUAUAUAGAACCAUUAUAGACAGGGUUUUGUCAAUUACGUCCAAGUUACGUUAAAGUUAACAUCAUGGCAAAUGUUAACUCAGAAUUAUAACAGGAAAUUAACCGGUUUCUGCUUUUUACAGAAAUGUUUUGUUGAUCAUUGAACGUGAUUGAAAACUUGAAAAAUAAUAACAUGUAUUUAAACUUUUUUUUUUUUUCAUUAAUGGAUUUUAUUAGCUUUAACAGACACAUUAUAACUUGUGUUGCUCUUUUAUUGGAAUGUUUGUUAUUUUGCAUACAAAUCACCAUUUGUAUAGAAUAAAUGUGUUUAUAUAUAUAUAUAUAUAUGCAUAUGUGCAGAAACCUUGAUAUAAUGCCCCUCUUCUCUAUACAGUCAAAUCCUAUUAUAAUGCCUUUCAUGUCUCAAUAUAUUUCAGUGUCCCACCUAUCUUUUUUCUUAACAAAUUCAUAGCAUUUGAUAUAUCAUUAAAACCUAAUUCGGCUUGAAAAAUGAUGGCAACAUAACAAGAUUUUCCUUUUUGUAACAGUUAUUUGUUGUUUACAAAAAAAAUACAUGCAUCUACUUUGACAUAUUUAAAAAAAAAAGAAAUAUGGUGCCAAAAUUUUGCUUGAAAAAUGGGGACAAUAUAACAAGGUUUUACUGUAUGUAGUUGUUAUUUUUUAUUACAAAAAAUAUACGUGACAUUGUACAUGUGUCUACUUUGUCUGAUGAGUAAAUAAAACAGAAUGAUCUGAUUAGCAGCAUAAACACUAGUUUUGAUUGUUAUGUUAUUUAUGCUUGGUACAUACUUUUUCCAUAUUUUGAAUUCUGAAAUAUGUGUUUAAAGUGAAAUACCUGGGCACCCUAAUUUAUAAUCAUGUUGCCAUAUCUGAGGAUAGUCUAUAUUUCAUUGCAUGGCAACUAUCUUGCCAAUUAAGUGUGGAGUAAUGAUGUUGUUUUCAAUUAUUCUGUGCUCAUGUACACUGUCAAAGUGCCCAUAAAAACCGUCAGUAAUUUAUGAACAUAUAUUCCUGACUACAUAGAGUAUAUCUUGCUGUAAAACGGCCACUUCUGUACAUGGUUAUUAUCCCAUUGUUAGGGACUUAGUAAAAAUGUUGGUAUGGUGUAUUAUUCUGACCACAUGCACACAUUGUAGUGAGAAUCUGCUUUUGGAGAAGAUGUUAAGGAGGAAUGGGUCCUGCUGGGGCAGGAAGUUCAUAGAGGUGAAAACUAUUUUUGACUAGAAUGUAAGCUUUAAUCUAAGUACAAUGUUUUUUUGUUUUAAAUAUUAUUGGACUUAUCUGUGAAUAUAAUUGGAGCACUUCUCUUUUGUUCUUUAUUGCUGCACUAAGUAUAAUAUUUUUUAUUAUUUUUUGGCCACAUGUCUGUUUGAUCUCAUUUCAUUGGUAAUACUUAUGGAACGAUCAGAACAAUUGAAUUCUGAAGAAAGCCAACAUUUUCUCAAUCUGAUUAAAACCAUCUGUUACAUGGCUCUGCCUGAACAUCAGAUGUUCAGGCUUAGUACGAAGUUAUUGAAGCCAUGUAACAGAUGAUUUUAAUCAGAUUGACAUUUUCUGUUUUAGAGUAUUGAAAUUAUUGAUGAAAACAAUGUAAGUGAUAGUCACAGUGACAUUUUGGAUUAUUUAUUUAUUUAUGAAGGCAGAAAAAAUACCAAAAAAGAAUAUACAGUUGAUCAUUGCUAACAUUUCAAAUCCUUGUGGCCAUCAAUGUCUUUGUUACAACUUUAUUUAUGUAAUAUAAUCAGUAUCAAGGGAGGUAAAGACACGAUAUAUAUAUAUUCAAUGUUUGAUAUACCAGAUGUUUGUUAUACCAAAUGUUUGUUUAGGAAACAGAAAUGUCUGGGCUUUCAAGGACACAUUUUAAGUCCCCUACCGGUGAAACCAGGGGGACUAAAGGUUUUGUCUGCUUCCGUCCGUCUGUCCGUCUGUCCGUCUGUCCGUCGCCAACAUCUGCAGGUUAAAGUUUGGGUAAAAGUUUUAUAAUGGCUCACCAUUCACUUUAUAAUAUUGUUAGUAUGCUGAUUUUAUGGACAGAGGUUCUUUAGGGGUCUAGCAUUAAUGUUGUUUAGUGAAAGUGAAUAAAUAAUUCUUGUUUUUUAUUUUUGACAUGAUUUGGACUUAACUAUCUUGGCCAAAAUCUGAAGGUUAAAGUUUGGGGGGCCGGUAGGGGACAUGUAUUGAUUCAUCAAUACCCACAGAAUGCUUGUUUAUUUUGUAUCUACAAAUGUAUGUUGACUUGUUCAAACUUAGAAAACUGAAUGUUUGGGGUAUCAAACAUUUAAAUUGAUUAUCAGUGAAAAAAACUUUCAUGACACAGCAGAAAUUUCAACUCUUUGAUGAACUGUGUUCUGGCUCCUUUGUUUUGGAAAUAAUACUGGUAAUUGAGGUGAGUUUUCACUCUAAUAUUAAAUUAAAAACAAAUUAAUUUUCAAAACCUCAUUCAUUUAUGUUUUCUAAUCAUCUCUUGAUUAUACACUAGUUGUAAACAUGUUAUAAGGUAUAAUCAUUCAUGAAGAAUUCAUUCCUCGACAGAAAGUCAUGAACUGGGCAAUCCAGUAUAAACCACUGGGAACAUGAUAAAUUAUAUGAGCAUUUAUUUUUCACAGCGUUAGUACACAUAAUUAUAACUAUGUGUCAUCUCUUGCUUUUAAAGCACAAUUUUAAUUGAAAACUGUUCGAAAUUAGUGAGGACAAACAUAAGCUGCAGAUAGAUCCUGUAUUUUGAACAUACAGUCAACUAGUUGUGGAUGGGUCAGUGGUGUGUGCUAGGUUUUAUUUACAAGUGUGUAACAGUCAUAAUUAAAAAAUUAAAGCAGAAAAGAAGAA